UAACACGAGAGAGAAUUUACUUACGGAGUUUCAUUUUGAGACCAGUGAUCUUUUUUUUUUUUUUUUUAACAGUACGGUAGCUAAAAUAAUGAUUAGUUAAUUAACAUUUAUGUAUGGGAUAGGUUAUGUAUAGUGAGCGUGGAAAAGCAGAGGACAGUAUUUGGAACACUCCCGACAACAACUUGUGACUCACUCACUGGACGGCAUUGUUGAGUGUGUGGCACACACCAACCAGGAACCUCAGUUAGCUGUCACUUGUACGUGAGUGACAACAAACAGGGUCUGGAUUUGUUGCUUUUGUGACGUAUUAAACUCCGAGAUGGAGCCCACCAAUUUGCAGAAAGCCAUAGCAGUGGCGCAGAAGGCCUCGCAGGAAGACCAGUCGGGGAACUAUGAAGAGGCCAUUCGUGAUUACAAACAUGCUGUGAAAUACUUUCUCCACAUUUUAAACCGUGAACCCCAGGGUAAAGAUGGCAAUCAGAAAAUCAGAGACAAAUGUAAGGAGUAUUUGGACAGAGUGGAAGAGCUUCAAGAGUACUUUGAGUAUAAACAGAAAGCCAUCGAUCUUGCCAGUAAGGCGGCUCAAGAGGAUAAAGCUCAGAACUACGAAGAGGCUCUGCGAAUGUACCAGGCAGCUGUACAGUACUUCCUCCACGUUGUCAAAUAUGAAGCCCAAGGUGAAAAAGCAAAACAGAGCAUCCGUGCAAAAUGUGCCGAAUACUUGGACCGGGCAGAGAAGUUAAAGGAGUAUCUCAAGAAGAAGGAAAAUGCUCCACCUGCUAAGCCUGUCAAAGAGUCUGAUGACAAAGGGAACGAAAGCGAUGAUGGUGACGAUCCAGAGAAGAAGAAGCUGCAGAAUCAACUCUCAGGUGCCAUUGUUAUGGAGAAGCCAAACAUAAAGUGGGAUGAUGUUGCUGGUUUAGAGGGCGCCAAGGAGGCUCUCAAAGAAGCAGUGAUCCUCCCAAUCAAAUUUCCUCACCUAUUUACAGGAAAAAGAACACCAUGGAGGGGGAUCUUGCUCUUUGGACCCCCAGGUACAGGGAAAUCUUAUUUGGCUAAAGCAGUUGCAACAGAGGCAAACAAUUCCACCUUCCUGUCAGUCUCCUCUUCUGAUCUCGUAUCCAAAUGGUUGGGAGAAAGUGAAAAGUUAGUAAAAAAUCUCUUCGCCCUCGCGAGAGAACACAAGCCCUCCAUCAUCUUCAUUGAUGAGAUUGACUCCCUCUGUGGCUCCAGAAGCGAGAACGAGAGCGAGGCAGCCAGACGUAUCAAGACAGAGUUUCUGGUGCAGAUGCAAGGUGUUGGAAAUGACAAUGAAGGAGUGCUUGUACUGGGGGCGACAAAUAUUCCUUGGACCCUAGACUCUGCAAUCAGGAGAAGAUUUGAGAAGAGGAUCUACAUUCCGCUGCCCGAAGAACACGCUCGCUCCUUCAUGUUCAAACUCCACUUAGGCUCGACCCCUAACAGUCUCACCGACUCAGACUUUGUCACACUGGGCAAGAAAACGGACGGCUAUUCAGGCGCGGAUAUUAGUAUCAUCGUGAGAGAUGCGCUCAUGCAGCCUGUCAGAAAGGUCCAAGCGGCCACCCAUUUUAAAAGGGUGAAUGGACCAUCGAGGUCGGAUCCUCAUAAGAUUGUAAAUGAUCUUUUGACUCCUUGCUCGCCGGGCGAUCCCAAUGCAGUCGAGAUGACAUGGAUCGACGUUCCCGGAGAGAAGCUUCUGGAACCUGUAGUUUGCAUGUCUGAUAUGCUGAGGUCUCUGUCUAACACCAAGCCCACCGUCAAUGAUCAAGAUCUGGGAAAACUGAAACAAUUCACAGAGGACUUUGGACAGGAAGGCUAGUUAAAUUUUUCUACAGCAGGCCAAACCAAAGCAAAAUAAUUGCAAAGUUCUAUUUCCUGUUUUUUUUCCCCCCUCUUCCUGUCUCAUCUUAACAAUUCACCGGAACAAGUUAACUGUUCUGCCUCUCUGACAGUCUGAUAUCACAGAAAGGCUGUAGAAGCUUGUAUUUGCCACUCAAUCCUCUCUAAAUACAAUAAAAGCUCUAAGCACCAUAACACAUUAAAGGGGUGUCAAGACAUCUAAAGAUGUUAAGGCAAAAAUACCCAAGCUUGGACUCGGGUUAUGCACACAUAUUGUUGUUGUCACAGACUAUGAAAAUCCCAACUUCUCGUUUGUAAAAUUUAGGCAACAAGCAUUUUAUAUGAUGUAUUUUGUGGUGUCACACACAAGUUAUGGGCAGUGAAUUGUGUUGGGAAUCUUAGUGUGGCAUAUAUACUGCAGGAAUUUAAGACUUCUUGACAGACUCUAGAUGAGAACUACAUUGGAGUAUAGGUUGAGAUUGAAUGUCCGCUCUUACAACACUUGGAUCAACAAAGGAUCACCAAAGGUGCCAGACCAGCAUUAUUUGACACAAGGAUUAUUCAACUCUUUGUUACUCAGAUUUUUUUCCACAGCCUAUUGGAUGAAUGUUCCAUUUUUAAAUAGGACAUUAUGCUGGUUAUUAACUUUUUUAAAAGCCUUAUAUAAAGUAGUUGUGAAUUUUGGCAAAAAAGCUGAAGUUGGAGGCGUGUUUGUACAUUGACGCAAAUAGAGACGCGUAGUAAAAGUUAUGCUGUGCCUUCUAGAGAAGCUCUUUAUUUUUCUAUGGGUUUGUCUCAAUUUGUCUCAGUGCUUUACCAUCAAAGUGCAAUGUCACUACUACAACUAAGAUAUGUAUAAUUCCUGCACACAUCAUGUACACUCUUAUACUGAAUGUAAAACUACUCUUUACGUUUUUAUGGGGACUUUCUUUACUGUAAACUAUUCUAUACCAAUAUAAAAAAAAUGGUCUCUGAGGUCAACUUUUACGUGUUGUACUUCUGGUUUUUUUUGUCUGUGAAAUGUAAAUAAAAUAUAAAUAC